AACGGGGUGCAAUUUCAACUUCGUAGUCGAAUUUCCAUCGCAUGAAGAGAGUGUCGAGCCAUGAGCUCCGACCAGACAGCUGGCAGACGUACUGACUGCAUCUCGACUGCUGAUGCCUGUACUGAGCCGAGAGGUGCGGAUGCGGUCUGGGUCCUGCUUCAGGAGUGAAGCCUCUCUGAAUUUAAACCAGAGGAACCAUGGACAAACCGGAGAGGUGUGGCUGUAAUGCUCAGGGGUGAGAAGGAGAGCAGCUGAGGAGGAGGAGAUGGGCUGCACCUCCACCAAGCAGGUGUCUGCGGUGCCCAACGGCGAAGAGGGCCAGAAUAAAGCCUACAGCAACGGGGACCUGCUCUCUGAUGAAUACAAGAUGAAAGGAGUGGAGAAAGUCAAGUUCAUCAGUGGAGAAGAGGGAGUCAUGGACGGCCAGGACAGCACAGAGAAAAGUGCUCUCCUUGGUAAAGGUCAACACAUGGAUGAAACGGGGUCAAACGGAAAUGGAAAGAUUCUGAGCAUCCACUCCUCAGAGAGUCAGCAAGAGUUCUUCAGGAUGUUGGAUGAGAAAAUUGAAAAAGGCCAGGACUACAGCUCAGAGUAGGAAGAUGUGACGCAGCACUGUGGUUGAGUAUCCAUUGGCCCCCGAUAUGAAAGAACCGUCAUCGCAGUGUUACGGACGGAUCGUACCAUGUGUCACCAUGAAGGAGGACUGUCCCUUGUAUGUACACGCCUGAGAAAAAUGGAGUACUGACUUGAAUCAAGCACCUUUUUGCCCUCCUGCUUACAGCAUUAGUUCCUGCUUCGUAUAUCAACCAAGAGGGAAAGGGCCACAAAUAUCAAAGAUGGUUUAAUAUUUUUAUGUUAGAGGUUUUUCUUCCUUAACGAAGCCAUUACAGGAUGACGACAUACAUGGCUUUUACCGAGACUUCCUAUAAACAUUUGAAACGUUCAGACUGUUGCACAUACACAUUUCCAACAACAGAGGCACCCUGCGGACUCUCAAAGUGAAGAUUAUGUCUCCAUCUGCAUCAUUUUGAACAUUUCAUUCUUGAAUGCCUCCCUGAAAAGUCAACAGGUUGGACACUUCCUGCAUUCCAAGACACAGUAUGAACCUCUUUUCUACAGUACAGUGUCCGUCUGUCCAUGUCUGUUUCUGCUACGAUGUAGAGUAUUUAUGUUGAAUAAGGCUCAGGGUUGAAGUGUUGUAAUCUCUGUCUCGUGUAUUCAAGUCUCUCCUUUCAUUAGGACACUGUUGCACCAUUAACACUCAUGCACUCAGACAGCAGGGUUAUCGAUGGCCACUGCUUCAGUAUCUGUCCCGUGUUGAACCUACAGCGUGGACUCUGCUACGUCACAUAAUAAGUCUGACUAUGUAUUGCGCUCACCAGUGUUAUGUUGUGUUCAGUUUCUUUGUUGACUUUUUGGUUUUCUAGAAAAAUAAAGUGUUUUCAGUAACUUA